AUUCAAUGUUGGACGAGAACUCGUAAUUUCAUCUAACAAAUGAGGCCUUUGCUGUUUUACUGAACUAAUUUUAAGUAGCCUAUACUGUAUCUCUUAAAAAGCUAUGUUAUUACUUCUUUGAUAAAGGAACAUAUUUAGCAACAGAAAACUGAGAUACUAAUCGGUGGCAGCCAUGUUAGCUUUGUCUGAGUUUCUCAGUGCACUCUUCAUAGUUUUUCUAAUUCCGAGAAACAUGAACGCAUCAUAAGACUGUCAUGUCGGCCCCGGUACGACAGGUGAGUAACCCUUAAGCCUGUUUUAAUUCCUUUCUAAGGAGCUGUAGGACUGUAACUUUAGAAACAAUGUUUCCGAACAUGAUCGCCCAGACAUGAUGGCUAGCAGAGUUAGCCGUGGUUAGCUGUGCCGCGGUCUGGCGGGAGGGAAGUCAGAGUCUAUGGAAGUUUCACGUACAGUCACUAGUAAACAACAAGCAGUUCCUCUUGACAACAGGAGGUUAGGUUGGGAAAAACACGAUUUAAGGCAGCGGUUUCCAAUUCCAGCUUCGGGGCUACUGAGCUAAAGCUGAAGGUGCAGUCCUGCUUCAACACAUUGAUUCUCUGUCUGAAUAACUUCCUCGGUGUCCUCGAGCUCCGGUUGGUACUUAGAGCUCUUCAGUUAGUUCAGCUUGGUUGGAACAGGGAUGAUGGAUCUGCUGGGAAGUUGGAAGGCAGAGCCUCUUCAGUUCUGGAGUCUGGCACCCCUGAUGUAAGGGAGCGGGCAGAAGUUGACUUUUCUCUCCAUAACAAUAAGACAGCAGAGGAAUGUGGAGUAUUUACUGAUUGAUUGAUUGAUUGAUUAAUUAAUUACAUUGUUUUCCAAUAGAUUACAAUAAUUUAUACCUAUUCAUCCCGUCAACAGGAUGUCCAGCAUGCAGUGAUCUUUGUAGACAGAUGGCACCAGCGUGGAAUACUAAAAAUAAACUGCCAGAAACAGACACUCAACACGAUGUCAUGGUCAAAUGAAGGCACAACUUCUUUUAAGUCUCGGGUUUUAGAUAUUGGGGCAUAAGACUAAGGAUUUCCACCAGGGGUCUGCAACUUGUAGUUAAUUCCCUGGUGCUCUGGCACACCUGAAUCAAGUAUGCAGUCCACUUAUCCAGAGUCCUGCUAAUGACCAGGAUCAGGACACUGGCCCUCAGGGACUAGAAGACCCCUGGUUACAUGAUCAGGUUACCUCCACAGAUGACAGGCCAUGGAGGUGGCACUGCUAUCAUCUGUAAAAGGCCUUUUUUAUGUCAAAUGAUCGCUUCAAGUACCUACAAUUCAUUUGAGAUGAUCAUGGUCCGAAUUGGCAAGAUAGAACAUAUAUGCCCCAAUCGGAUUUAUCGACCAUCUGGUCCAGUUUCAUCUUUUCUUUUAGACUUUCAGGACUAAAAGGACCAAUUUCUGCAUUUAGAUGAUGCAGAAGUUGGUAUCAGGAUAGUAGCUUGAAUAAAGGGCCUUUUCUGUUUUGAAGAAAUCUUCCCUGCCUUAUAUCAGCUCUAUUUGUAAAAUACAUCCAAGUCAUCACAAUUGAGGUUAUGCUCAACUAAAGAGAAAUUGAACACAGUGUGAUUCUCGUAAAACUUUUAUUCUACUUGUGAAAAGCCCUCAGUGCUUUUUGAUUUGCUAUGAAAAAAAUAAUCUGUUAAUAAUUGUUCUGUUCAAUUUGAGUGUGUGCAGGUUCCAGGAAGCAAAUGUUUGGGUUUAUCCAGACUGUGAGUGAUCACCCAUGGAUCAGAUGACCUUCAAACAUGACACCGUGCUGUCAGAUGUUCACAUGCACCGGCCCAACACACACCACCUGAUGACACGCCUCAACAGCGCCGGGCAGCCAGUGUUCAGGUCCAGAUUUAGGAUCUUGGCAGACAGCCAUGACGACAGUGACUCUGGGACGGGUUCAACAAACGAAGAGAAGCACAACAGUCCAAGGAAAGAUGGAGGAACGUCUCCUGAACAGGAUGAGGAGGGAGGUAACCAAGGAAAUGUGGAGCCAUGCUUGGAUGAAGACGGCGACCUUGACGUCACACAUCGACCACGAAAAAGCUCAGUGGAUGAAGAUGGCAGAGAUUUGGUCUGUCCCAUCAUCCUCCAGCAGUCUGUUCCUGACCUGGAUCAAGAUGAGGACAGUGAUGAUGAUGAUGAUGAUGAUGAAGAGACUUGUUGUUCUAAAGACAUUAUACAGAUUGAACACACUAUGGCUACACCAUUAGAAGACGUUGGCAAACAGGUCUGGCGGGGGGCCCUCCUGCUGGCUGACUUCAUCCUCUCUGAGAAAGACACUUUCAGAGGGGCCACCGUCCUGGAGCUGGGAGCAGGGACAGGCUUAACCAGCAUCAUCAUGGCAACCACGGCCAAAACGGUCUACUGCACAGAUGUGGGUGAAGACCUCCUGAGGUUGUGCCACAGAAACGUAUUUCUGAAUCAACACAUGACGGACCCAGCAGGUGGGGAGGUGAAGGUAAAACAACUCAACUGGCUUCAGCACAGUCUUUGCACAGAUGCUGAUCUGGAGUUUAGCUGGACUGAAGAGGAAGUCGCUGAUCUUUAUGACAACACCAACUUCAUUAUUGCAGCUGACGUUUGCUAUGACAACGAUCUGACAGACGGCCUCUUCAGGACUCUGUACCGGCUCUGCAGCAGCUUUAUUCACUCCUGCACAGUUUUCAUUUCUUUAGAGAAAAGGAUGAACUUCAGUCUGCGCCACAUGGACAUUUGCUGUGAGGCCUACAAUCAUUUUAAGCACUGUCUGUCCCAGCUGCAGGACAUAGAGGAUGGCCGGUGCAGAUUCAAAGUGGAACAUGUUCCUUUAAACUUCUCACAGUUUCUUCUAUAUGAACGUAUUGAGCAGCUGGAGCUGUGGAAGAUCACUGCCUCUCCUCUUGAAUCUGAACAAACCCAGUCUGACUCUGACUGAGGAGGCUCCCAGAGAUCAGCUCUGUGGACGCUGACCACAGACUGCCUGCUGGACGCCCCAAAAAUCUACUGUUACUGAUCUGUGAAUGCACCAUUGGUGACCAGA